AUGGAGAAUUUCUCUGCACCUUUUAAUCAACCUACUAUGCCCGCAAACAUGGGCCAAUUUUCUCAGCCCACCCCUGCCACGAACACACCCUCCACGGUUGCGCAAACAUUCUCUCAUAACAUGGCUUCCCUCAACGCAAACAACUUGCUCGUCAAUCAGCAACGGGCUCAGAUGAAUUCCUCCCAGCCGGCGCAACCAGGUACCCCAAACCAGGGCCAAAAUCAAACUCCAGGACUACCCCAGGGUCAAAUGCAAGGUCCAUCCCAGGCUCAACUACAAGCGCAGGCGCAGGCAGUAGCACGGGAAAAGGUUCGCAUGACGACGCUUCUCGAGAUCAACUCAACCUUGUUGGAGGAAAUUGGAAAUCUACAAAAGGCGGGUAAAACAGGUUCUGUCUCGAGCGCAGAUGGGGCAACCCCUCCUCAGAAACCAAGCCAGGAGUAUAUUGAUUGCAUGAGACGGCUGCAAGCAAACCUCUCAUAUCUCGCGGCCAUCACAGACAAGCAAAAAAGGCUACCAGCCCCAGCGAUCUUGGCCCCACCUCCAAGCUUACCCGGCCUUAAUGAAUUAUAUCAGAAAUUAAAUGAGCUUUUCCCUCGAUCGGGCCAGGCUCCCACACAGCGCUUUAGUCCCGCGAUGAUGCAGGGUAACGGUGGGCCUAGCCCUUCCCCGAUGCCGGAGCAAGUCGUCUGA